GUGAGUUCAUUUUCCAAGCAAAAUAAAUGAAGAAACCAGCGAAAUAACUAACAGACUCUGUGUGUGUUUUGUGGAUUUACCUUAACAGGAGAAAAGUCUGCAUUUAAGAUGCCUACAAUAAGGCUGUCCAGCUCAGAUGGGGAGAUCUUCGAGAUGGAGGUGGACAUUGCAAAGCAGUCCGUCACAAUCAAAACGAUGUUAGAAGAUCUUGGAGUGGAUGAGGAUGACGACGAGCCCAUCCCCCUCCCCAACGUCAACUCGGCCAUCUUGAAGAAGGUCAUCAAGUGGUGCACCUACCACAAGGAGGACCCCCCGCCACCAGAGGACGACGAGAACAGGGAGAAGAGGACGGAUGACCUCUGCGGCUACGACCUGGACUUCCUGAAGGUGGACCAGGGCACGCUAUUUGAGCUGAUCCUGGCGGCAAAUUAUCUGGACAUCAAAGGGCUUUUGGAUUCCACCUGCAAGACCGUGGCUAACAUGAUCAAGGGCAAGACCCCCGAGGAGAUCAGGAAAACAUUCAACAUCAAGAACGACUUCAGUCCAGCCGAGGAAGAACAGGUCCGGAAGGAAAACAGCUGGUGUGAAGAGAAGUAGAGGACCUCCCAUCAGAUAAGCCGCCCCUUACCCACGCAUCUCUUAGAAAAACUGCCCAACUUCUGUUUUGAUAACCAGAGUCAAAUUAAAGUGCAUCAUCAGUUCUUGCGAAAUUCUAAGGCAGAAAAUACUGCCCUUUUCCAAUGGGAUCCAAGUUUUGACUCGUAUAUUGGUGAUAUCUGUUGUUCACUGACUUCACUCUCCAGAGCCCCAUCUUCAAAUACACCCAAGAAACGUAAUCUUAAAAUUGGUUAAAUCCUUUCACCGGAAAUGUUUGAUAAGGGAAUAGUUAGCUUUAUAGUUCAAUUGGCAAUUUGAUUCUUUCUUGCUUGUAAAGUUUGAAAAAAGGGGAUAAAAAGUAUUUUAAAAAGUCCAGCAUGGAUUCAUCGAUAUUUGAGGUUGACUGUACGCUAAAUUUAUGAGGAACGAGAGACAGAACUUAGGAGAGGACAUGGGGACCCAACUUUGACUGAAAUCUGCCCCCCCCCCAAAAAAAAAACACUGCGUUGACAACAAUUUUAAUAUUACAGGUCUUAAUAUCUUAGGAUUGUGACAUUUUGACCCGGUGCUUUCUGAAAAGGAGAGUUCAUUACACAAAUGCCUAUUAGUAAAACAAGCAAUUUAUUCUCAUACAAUGUCUCGGAAAAUUACAGGAUCUACUUAUAAAUUGUUCGGUGGUUUUGUGUGUUUGUUUCACUUCAGUAGGUUGUGGGUAGAAACAUUCGCGUGGGACCUUGACAAUUGAUGUCUCCUUUCUGUGACAUUUGUAAACCCAUUUUAAAAAAAGCACCAAAAUUUAAGAAAAUAAACCCUCAACUAAAAACCAUUAUGAUUGCCAAGAAUUGUUUUGUCAUUGGCGUAAUAAUGAAUAUUCAUCUGCUGUUGGCACCUUUGUUUGAUUGAUUGUAUAAAAUUGUAACUUGUUAGCGUUUUGGUAUAUUUUUUAGAAGUGAUGAUUUGUUGUUGAAAUAAUCCUAUUUCUGUAUUUCCAGAAUUUGUCGGCGUACUUUUCGUUUAUCUCGAUCUAUUGCCGACUGUACAACUAAUCAUUGCAUGAGGCUGCACAAGCAAAUAGAUGUUUUUUUGUGUGUGUAAAAUAUUGAUGGUAUUUGUAAUCCCUUGUGUUUUGUGAGAGUUGAGCAUAUUUUUGAAGGUUAUUAAUAAUCCUUUGCAUGUGGGUGCAACAUGAAUAUACUACAGCACGAUGUUGACAGCCAACUUGGAUUGUUCACUUCCCCUGAGUGGACAUAGAUGAAAUAUACAUAUCUUCAAGAGAUCUUUAAGAUGUACAUGCAUUAUAACAAAAAAAAUUGUUCCAAAGUUUAGCCUUAAAAGUUCCUAUACAGUAUUUUCCCCCAAAAUGUGUCUGUUUCAAUGUUUUUGAAAUAACAAAAAACACGAAGUAAAUUUUGGAAAUGUUUAAUUGUGCAGAUACUCCUAAUCCUUGGCCUAAACUCGUUUAAGUGUUAUUUAAUUCCAUCACGCCUCACUGCACAAUGGUCAAUAUUGAUCACAAUAUUUCUGGACACUGUGACCAAGUUCCUUGCCUUAAUCAUUUCAGUGCUCUGUUAUGUAAGCUGUGUAAAAUCUUUCAUGUUAUGAAAAAAGGGUCGUGGUUGGGGAUUGUAAUCAUUUGCCCUUGAGCAAAGUCAAGAUCUUGAGUAAACUGAGGUCUUGCCAUGAUGACCGCUAGCCUGGCAAAUGAUUCCAAUCUCCAACUGCAGCCCGUUUUCAUAAUAAACAGGAAGGAUUUUACGCAGCUUAGGCCCCCCC